AUGAGUCUCUCUCAGAAUUUUGAUUAUAUUGCGGCUCACAUCACGGAGUAUAUUAAUGAAAACAAUAUUUUUAGCAUAUUCGAGAUAGAAGAUAUCGAAAAUAUCUUGAAAAUUUCUAAUUUAAACGCAAACGAUUAUAUUAGUCUUCUUGAACAGUCAAAUCAUACAGUCAAAGCAAGUGAAGUAUAUAAGUGUGCUAGAAAUACUAAUCUUUAUAUCCAAAACUAUGAAGAAGCCAUUUCAAUACUGAAAUCAAUCAAAAAUUACAUGAAAUUAGGAAUACUUGAUAAAAUUAUUGAAAUUCUAGAUCAUAAAGAGAAAGAAGCGCUUGAUUCUACAGCGAAAAUCCAAAAUCUUCAAGCAAGAUUAUCCGAAAUCCAAAAAAGUGACAAAGAAAAACAAUCACUUCAUUCUCAAUCCAAACAAAUUAAUGAAGAAUUAGGAAGUGAAAAAGAAAUUCUGACAAAAAUUUCAGAACUUAAAAAUUCUGAUGAUUUUGAAAAUAUUUACAACUUCCUUGAUAAACUUUCAUUUCAAGGAGAUCAAAAAAUGAUUUCAAAAGCAUGUGAAGAAGGACUUUGGAAAAAGAUAGUUUCUAAAAAAUCUAAUUGGGAUGAUGAAAAGAAUGUUCUUCAUGUUGCAACAGAAAAAGAUAAUCUAAGACUUGUGAAAUCACUCAUUGAAUGUGGAUGUGAUAAAGAGACAAAAACUAAAAAUGGUUGGACUCCUCUCACAUUAGCCAUUAAAUUUUGCCAUAAUGAAAUCGUUAAAUAUCUUAUUUCAAUUGGUGCUGAUAAAGAAGUGAAGGAUAAAAACGGAUCUACACCACUCAUUUUGGCAUCGAAAGGAGGAUGUCUCGAAAUUGUUAAAUAUCUUAUCUCUGUUGGAGCUGAUAAAGAAGCAAAAGAAAGCGAUGGAAAAACUGCACUUAUUGUUUCAUCAGAGAAUGGUUUACUUGAUGUUGUUCAAUAUCUCAUCUCAAUUGAUGCUGAUAAGGAAGCAAAGGAUAAAAAUGGAAACACAUCGCUUAUUUCAGCAUCAAAAUACUGUCAUCUUGAUGUUGUUAAAUAUUUAAUUUCUUCUGGUAUAGAUAUUGAAGCAAAGACCAAUUAUGGAUAUACACCACUUAUAUGUGCAUUAGAAAAUGGUCAUCUUGAAGUUGCUAAAUAUCUAAUCUCUGUUGGAGCUGAUAAAGAAGCAAGGAUUUAUAACGGAUGCACUCCACUCAUGAGAACUUCAGAAAAUGGCAAACUUGAAAUUGUUCAAUAUCUUAUUUCAAAUGGAGCUGAUAAGGAAGCAAAGAAUAAAUAUGACUGGACUCCACUCAUGUUUGCAUCAAAAGGAGGUCACCUCGAAAUCGUUAAAUAUCUUAUAUCUAUUGGAGCUAAUAAAGAAGCCAGAACUAAUGAUAAAUAUACUCCACUUAUUCUGGCAUCUGGAGGAGGUCAUCUUGAAGUUGUUAAAUAUCUUCUUUCUAUCGGAGCUGAUAAAGAUGCAAAAGAUAAAUAUGGAUAUACGCCACUCAUUUUAGCAUCAAAAAACGGCCAUCUUGAGGUCGUUAAAUAUCUUAUUUCUGUUGGUUUUGAUGUUGAAGCUAAGACCAAUUUUGGUUAUUCAUCACUGUUUUGUGCAUUAGAAAGUGUUCAUCUUAAUGUUGCUGAAUAUCUUAUCUCUAUUGGAGCUGAUAAAGAAACCAAGACUCAUGAUGACUAUACGCCUCUCAUGCGUGCUUCAGAGCAUGGCAAACUUGAAGUUGUUAAAUAUCUUAUCACAAUUGGAGUCAACAAAGAAGCUAAAGAUAAAAAUGGAUAUACAUCACUCAUUUUGGCAUCAAAAGGCGGUCAUCUUGAAGUCGUUAAAUAUCUUAUAUCUGUUGGAGCUAAUAAAGAAGCAGCAACUAAUGAUGGAAAAACUGCACUAAGUAUUUCAUGUAACAACCAAAUUAGAGAAUAUCUUCUCUCUUUGCAAUCUAAUUAUUUAAACAAAAAUUAG